AGCUGAUGGUUUGGGAAGUAUAGCUAUAGAUACCACACAACUUAACAUGUCAGUCACUGAUCCGACGGCUUGGGCUACAGCUAUGAAUAACCUGGGGAUGGUUCCAGUAGGACUAGCUGGACAACAGCUUGUAGCAGAUUCAAUCUGUGUACCAGGAUUUGAUCCAAGCCUUAGCAUGAUGACUGGAAUCACUCCAAUUAACCCAAUGAUACCAGGCAUGGGGUUAGUGCCGCCACCACCACCAACAGAUGUGCCUGUAGUCAAAGAAAUAAUUCACUGCAAAAGCUGCACGCUCAAAAAAAGUAACCCGAAUCUUCCACCACCUUCAACAAGAGAGAGACCUCCUGGGUGUAGAACAGUGUUUGUUGGAGGAUUACCAGAAAAUGCAACGGAGGAAAUUAUUCAGGAAGUCUUUGAGCAGUGUGGAGAUAUAACAGCAAUUCGGAAAAGCAAGAAGAAUUUUUGUCACAUUCGUUUUGCAGAGGAGUUCAUGGUUGAUAAAGCCAUUUACCUUUCUGGUUACCGCAUGAGAUUAGGAUCUAGCACAGACAAAAAGGAUUCAGGUCGCCUUCAUGUUGAUUUUGCUCAGGCAAGAGAUGACUUUUAUGAAUGGGAAUGCAAACAAAGAAUGCUGGCCAGAGAGGAACGCCACAGACGCAAAAUGGAAGAAGACAGACUGCGCCCUCCUUCUCCUCCGGCAAUAAUGCAUUAUUCUGAACACGAAGCUGCUUUGCUGGCUGAAAAAUUGAAAGGUAAGCAGCAUUUGAUACUUUUCAGU